AUGAGUGCUGAAGAGAUUCUGGUGUGUCCAGUACAACUUGGAGAAAAUUUCUGCCUCUAUUUCGAUGACGAUGAUGAGCUGGAGUGUGAUGCCCUGUGCAAGGAGAAGACCCUGCACCGAGUGCUGAGGAACGUGAACAGCCAGCUGCUCGUGGUGCGCCCCGAGCUGAACGUGGCAGCCUUCGAGGACGUGACGGACCAGGAGAUGCAAUCUGGCAAAGGGAUGCAUUUCAACAUUCACUGCUACAAAACCACCAUGCCCUUAGGAGGGAUGCCCGUGGCCUUCAGUGUCCAAGUGGAAGACAAAAGUUAUUACAUGUGUUGUGAGGAGGAAUGUGGAGAAAUGAUUGUUAGAUUCAAGGAAGGAGAAGUUCCCAAAGAAAUUCCUGGUGAAAGCAACAUCAUCUUUUUCAAAAAGACAUUUACAUCUUGCUGCUCCAAAGCAUUUAAGUUUGAAUACUCAAUGGAACGAGGAAUGUUCUUGGCCUUUGAGGAAGAAGGCUGCUUGAGAAAAUUAAUCCUAAAGAAGCUGUCGAAAGAUGAAGUGGAUGAAACCAUGAAGAUGAGUUUAUCAAAGUUCAGCCAGAACAAAAAUCACAACCUAUGAUAGGACACUUCAACAGUUUGUUUUUUUAAAAAAGAAACUUUAGUCUUUCUUCAUCCAAAACAAGUCAGUUUUAUGAUUUAACUACUCUCAAUACUUACUAAAAGAAUAAAUCCAUGUUCUUGGCAACAAGCAGGGCAAUGUUUUCCAGACAGAAUUACACACUGAAGAAACAAGAAUGUGCAUGUCUAUAUUGUUCUGUAGAAUCUGAUCCCUAAAAUCUUUAAUGCCCAUUGACCAAACAGAUUUUGAAUUAGGAAUGGACUUUUACAUUCCCAAGACCCUCAGAUAAUGAAUUUCUCCCCCAAGUAGCCUAAACACAUCAAGCUGGAUCCUGUGUGAGAAAACCUCACUUUCUAUGAGAAACCCUCAUUGCCCAGAGGGAUUUACCCAUGACUCACCCUCCACACCCUCCUCCUCCCUGGGCCAAAAUAACAAAUGUUGGCGUUUAAACCAGACCACAGCUCCUUUCUGACCACAACACUAACAAAAAAUUGGCCAGCUACCUGCUUUUGCUAGUCAUUUCCAACCCAUAUUAAAAUAAUAAUGAUAAUAAUAAUCAUCAGAAUUCUUGUAGAAUCCAAUCAGCGACUUGGUCGUUCUGCUCGUUGCAUAAUCACUGAUGGUAACACAAAUUCUCUUCCUCUCACUAUUAAUAGGGCUCACCAUGGGAAUGUGGAGAGGGUUUUACACUCCUUAGCACUGUGAAAGUCAGACAGGAUGAAGCAGAAAGUUAAAAACCACAAUCUCAGUUCCCCUCUAAAAAAUCCCUAAAAUAACAAAACAUUCCCUCAGCGCCCUCUCUGCUGUCACACAGGACAACACAGACCAGGGUAUUUAGAAAAUAAACCUUAAAAAAGUGGUGUAGAUGAACAUAAAAACCUUGAAAGUCAAAUGUUCCCAAAGUCAGUCUGCAAAAGUAUUUUUAUUCUACAUCAAUCCUUGUUGUAUUUUCUAAGGGACAUUAAUUAUUCUUCUAUUAAGUCAAGUCUAAGUCACCUCUAAGAAUGAAUUCAUACAAAUAUUCUUUGUUUUAUGAAGUAAGGCAGAGCAGACUUAUCUGCAGAGAAAACAUUUUAGGUAACCCACAAGCAGUAAAAAUGGUUCAGAAGCACACACAAAAUUUCUGUAAAUUCUUUAUUGAAUGGAUUAAGAAAAAAGUAUUCCCUUUUCUACAUCAACUCCCAGGGUCCAAAGAGUUACAGGGUCUGCCUUACAUGUCAGAAGAAGCAGUUCAGUUUUCCACAAGCCAGGCUUGUUUUACAGAACAGGAAUCCAACAGUUAGAAAAAUACUCAUUAAAGCUGGUAUUAGCAGGAGAGUUCCCUUUAGCUAUGCAAGCCUGCCACUGAUGCAAUUAAUUAACCCCAACUUACAGCGCAGCUUGAAUCCACUCAUUCUCACUGGACAUUUUCCACUUAAAUCUGCUUUUAAACCUGUUUUUUUUU